AGGCCACACUGCAGCCUGGAGGCCUGCCUGUGGACAGCAGGAGAGACCAAGAAACACAGAAGAAGGGACAGAGAGAUGCAAAGGCCAAGGGACAGGGCCUGAACCCCGGAGAGAGACCAACGGACUUCCAGGUAGCCAUGGAGGUGCCUGCAAGGAGGGGCUGAGGCAGUUGGCAGGCUGUUGAGUGCAUCUGGGGACUGACCUUGCCCUGCGUCUCCUCAUGUCCCAGAGGCCCCAAUCUGGCCACGAGAGCACCCAGCCAGAUUUCCAUCCAGAAUCUCCAAAUAACAACCAAGAUGAGACCCAAAACCCUUCGCCACUUACCUACAGGCCCCAGGUCAGUACUCAGGACUCUCCACCGAUUGUCCACAGUCGCCGGGUCAGUAUCCAAGAACCCCUGCCCAUUAGCCACAGUCGCCGGGUCAGUAUCCAAGAACCCCUGCCCAUUAGCCACAGUCGCCGGGUCAGUAUCCAAGACCCUCCACCAGUGAGCAGUCGCCGAGUCAGCAUCCAAGACACACCAUCCAUUUUCAGCAGUCGCCGAGUCAGUACCCAAGACACACCAUCCAUUUUCAACAGUCGCCGAGUCAGUACCCAAGACACACCGCCACUUACCUACAGUCGCUGGGUCAAUAGCCAAGAGCUUCUACCAGUUCUCCAAACUCGCCGCCCCAGCGUCCAAAGCCCUCCAUUGAUUACGCACACCACCCUGAGGAGUAUAGAAUCAAGUGACGACAGUAGUGAAGUCAGUCUCCCGGACCACCGGCCAAAAACUGGCAUCUGGCCGGUAAUCCGGGCCAAAGUCGACAUCCCCCCUUCAAUUACUGACAGCCCCGAGGCCAGUAUCAAAAGCAUGGAAUCGAUUACCUGGGCCUCCCAGGAGAGUCUCAAAGGCUCUACGGACAGCUCCCAAUUCAACCAAACUACUCUAGAGAAAAGCACCCUCAGCUCACCAUCAGGCCACGACUUUGAGGUCAAUUCUGGCAGGUUUCAGAACAAGUAUAAACGCAGCCGUUCACCGCUGCCCGUAGGCUGGCGGCUGCUGCAUGAGGCCAAGAAGAUCAGCCGCCUGCUGAGUCUGGCACUGAGCCUGGCUGGCAUGGUGAUCAUCGGUCUCAUCUCUCUGGGCCAGCCCUGGAUCCACUUCCAGGUGCCAUUGCUGCCCCCUUGGGACCCUGCGGGCCCCUUGACCAUCCCCGUCAGCACCAUCUUCUUUAUGCAGUGCCCUGACAGCUCCUGCCUGCAUGAGUACAACCAGGAUAUUUACUUUCUGGACUUCUCCUGGGCCUUCCUCAUCAUCGCCAGCAUCACCAACGUCUGCCUCUGCAUCAUCCUCAUAAACAUGAACUUCUUCAGCUGGUCCAACAUGCCAGCACUGGACUUCACCAACAUCGUCCUCAGCAUCCUGACAGGGACGAGCACGAUCUUGGGUGUCUUGUGCUACCUGCUGCAGGCUGACGAGUUCCUGCAGGAAGGCAUGACCUACAGGCUGGGGCGGAGCUUCUACCUGGCAUGGACCAGCGUCUUCUUCUUCAUGAUGACUGGUUUCUUGUCCUAUCUCAACUACAUGAAUUUCUGGUCCAUCCUGGCGAUCCAGGCUGUCUGGACUUAGGACGUGGGAAUGACCCCGCCUCUGACCUGCUCCCACAGCUCGCUGCCAAGCACCUGGCAGGACUUUUUCAGUCUCUUCUGAAUCCCUCCCCAACUCAGAUUAAUAAUUUGUACUUUUAAAUAAUCUGUAUUUUUCGCCCAAAAUAUUCUUUUAGCUCAGUACCUUGUAAAUGUUCUUUGGAAAUGCCAUCCCUCCCUGGGGCCAUCCCUCAGGCCCUCCAGGCUAGAGGGACAGGUGAGGAAAGGGGCUCAGGGGAAAGAGACUCGAGGCACAAGGUCAGCAAAGAGGCUGAGCCGAUGGCUCCUGGCAUACAGAUGGUGCUCAAUCAAUGUUUGCUGAAUAGCUCAUUCUCCCCAAGCUCUCUGGACGUCAUUCUGUAUCUUUGUGCUUUUUCAUACUUUUACUGUUUGCAAUCCCAAUAAUUUCCCCCUCCUGUGAUGAAUUUUCCCUGCACCCACACUUCACCUGCUGCCAUUACCAGCAGCUCCUGCCACCACUUCCUCUUUC